AUGAACCCCUCGAAGAAGCUCAUCCUCGUCAUCGGUGCGACUGGUGCCCAAGGCGUAGCCGUUAUAGAUGCCCUUAUCAAGCCUGCCAGCGAUGGCUCGCCCUCUCCAUACGCCGUUCGCGCAUUGACUCGCAAUAUUAAGAGCGCGCCCGCCCAGACGCCCCCCAGCAAAGGCGCCGAAGUGGUGGCAGGUUCCACAGAUGACCUCCCGAGCGUACUCGCUGCGUUGAAGGGGGUGUACGGCGCGUUCAUCAACACCGAUAGCUUUACCAUCGGGGAACAGAAAGAGGUCUACCAAGGCAUCCGCAUCUUUGAGCUAGCGAAGCAGCUUGGGACCUUGAAGCACUAUGUGUACAGCAGCCUUGAUAAUGUCUUCAAGCUCGGCAACUUCAACCCCAAGUACUAUCCGGAGCACUACACGGGCAAGUCGCGUGUCGCAGACUGGAUGCGCGCCCAAGACUCCGUCGUCGGCGACAACGCAAUGUCCUGGAGCGUCCUCACCACGGGCCCGUACAUGGACAUGCUCAACUUCGGCGUGUUCGGUCCCCUCCGCGUUCGCCCCGACGGCACGCACGUCUUCGCCUCCCCGAUGCACACCGGCCACGUCCCGAUGAUCGCCCUCUCCGACCUCGGCGUCUUCGCUCGCCACAUCUUCGACCACCGCGACGCCACGUCCGCGCAGGAGCUCAAGGUCGCGAGCGACUGGGUCGCCUGGCCCGAGCUCGUCGCGACCUUCACGCGCGUCACGGGCCGCAAGGCCGAGUUCGUGCCCCUCUCCGUCGACGCGUGGUGCGACCUCGCCGUCGACGCCGACAUCCCGCUCGCCUUGGACCACUCCAAGGGCGACGGGAGCACGACGUGGCGCCAGAACACGCACAGGUGGUUCGCGCUCUACCAGGACGAGCUGAUCCAGCGCGACUUUGCGAUGCUGCGGAAGAUUCACCCGGGGCUGCUCACGGUGGAGCAGUGGAUGCGGAACAACAACUACACGGGUGAGGCGCAGGCGGUUACGAAGGCCUCCCAGGCUGGUCAAGGGUUCCAGAUCCCCGAUCCCGAGAAGGUGAAGGAUCUGUAA